GGCGGAAGUGAAUUCUGGACGCUCUAGCGUAGCGGCCGGUCGGGUAAACAAAUACGGAGCGGCCGCUCGUAGAUGGUUUCCGAGGGUGCGGGCCACCAUGAGCCGGCUCCAGGAUGACUAUGACCCCUACGCAGUUGAGGAGCCCAGCGACGAGGAGCCAGCUUUGAGCAGUUCUGAAGAUGAAGUGGAUGUGCUUCUACAUGGAACUCCUGACCAAAAACGAAAACUCAUCAGAGAAUGUCUUACUGGAGAAAGUGAAUCAUCUAGUGAAGAUGAAUUUGAAAAAGAAAUGGAAGCCGAAUUAAAUUCCACCAUAAAAACAAUGGAGGACAAGUUAUCCUCUCUGGAAACAGGGUCUUCUUCAGGAACUGGAAAAGUUGGAACAGCUGUGACAAAGUACUAUGAUGAUAUAUAUUUUGAUUCUGAUUCUGAGGAUGAAGACAAAACAGCACAGGUGACCAAGAAGAAAAAGAAGAAACGACACAGGAUUCCAACAAAUGAUGAAUUGCUCUAUGAUCCUGAGAAAGAUAACAGAGAUCAGGCCUGGGUUGAUGCACAGAGAAGAGGCUACCAUGGUUUUGGAAUACAGAGGCCACAUCACCCACAACAGCCCGUUCCAAAUAGUGAUGCUGUCUUGAAUUGUCCUGCCUGCAUGACCACACUGUGUCUCGAUUGCCAAAGGCAUGAGUCAUACAAAACUCAGUAUAGAGCAAUGUUUGUGAUGAAUUGUUCUGUCAACAAAGAGGAGGUUCUAAGAUAUAAAACCCCGGAGAACAGGAAGAAGAGGCGAGGCCAUAAGAAGAUGAGGUCUAACCGAGAAGAUGCUGCAGAGCAGGUAGAGGCAGAAGUGGAAGAAAUCUAUCACCCAGUCAUGUGCACCGAAUGUUCCACUGAAGUGGCAGUCUAUGACAAGGAUGAAGUCUUCCAUUUUUUCAACGUUUUAGCGAGUCAUUCUUAAAUAGCUAAGUUGGCAUUUAUUGCCCAAUACAAUAUACAACGCAAAUAGGGACACUUAUUUUCCUCCUACUAAUUCCUCUCCAGUGACAUUCUGAGCGGUUAUUUGGGGAAACAGAGUCUGUCUUUUUGAAAGAGAAUGGUUGUCAACCUGCAUCCCUCCACCUCCUUUAAAGUUUUUUCCCCCAGUUCUUGAUGGGACUGAUUAUUCAUUUCCUUUUUGAUGAGCAUUUGGAAACGAUGGGGGGUUUUUACAUAUUUAAACUCUUUAGAAUUAAAAUGUUCUGGAGUUAGAACUAAUCUGUUUCAGAGUGUUAUUUUAAUUUUUUAUUCUGGAUGUACCCUUGGUGUGAUUAAACUAGAGACUAUC